CUUUCAUUUUAAUAUGGAAUAUCAUAUUUGAAUUGAAUUCUGACAAUUAACUUACGAAAUUAUAUCUAUUCUUAUGAAAGUAUAGAAUUUAUAAAUACUUGUAUAAUUUUAAAACAAGUUUUAUGCAUAUUCUAAAACUUAUUUUACAAUGGUUUUUUAGGAUAGAAUUUUCUAAAAUAAACAUAGUUGUGAAAUUCGGAAUUAAUAACUAAUUUCUAAAACGUUUAAUUGUUCAGUUUUGUGGGCGUUCUGAUAAUUUUAUAAUUGAAAUAAAUUUUAUUUCUUUAAAGAAUCCUUUUAAAAAAUAGAAGAUAAUUUUAGAAGGAAAAAAAGAAGUGUGUUUUUGGAGAAGGUCAAUACGGCUGCGUUUUGAGGACGCUGAGAAUAUGCAAUAUAACGAACUUUUGUGAAGCGCGCUUCUAGACACUUCUGUUUUCUGUUGGUCUCUUCUUAUAUACGCGAGUCGCCAUUAUAUCUAUAUAGAGAUAUAGAGAAGAAGAAGAAGAAGUAGAAGGAUUGCGAUUUGGGAGAGAAGUGAAGAGAGAAGAAAGGAUGUCGUACUUGCUGCCGCACUUGCACUCCGGUUGGGCGGUGGAUCAAGCCAUUCUCUCCGAGGAAGAACGCGUUGUGGUCAUCCGCUUCGGCCAUGACUGGGACGACACCUGCAUGCAGCUUUUAAAUUAAGAGAUGGAUGAAGUGCUGGCGGCGGUUGCGGAGACCAUAAAGAGUUUUGCGGUGAUAUACCUGGUGGACAUCACGGAGGUGCCGGAUUUCAACACCAUGUACGAGCUCUACGAUCCAUGCACAGUCAUGUUCUUCUUCAGGAACAAGCACAUCAUGAUCGAUCUUGGCACCGGUAACAACAAUAAGAUCAAUUGGGCACUCAAGGACAAGCAGGAGUUCAUUGACAUCGUUGAGACUGUGUACAGGGGUGCCAGGAAGGGACGUGGUCUUGUUAUUUCUCCUAAGGAUUACUCCACCAAGUACCGCUACUGAUUGCUACUUGUUCUUCUCUUUGAUUUCAUGCGCUUGAAAAAUCUUCAUUCAAAGUUAUUGUAAACCCUAAACUCAUUAGCCUUGUAGUUUGAUUAGCUGAGUAGAAAACUAGAAAUUGAUCCUGCGGCCUCGGCCAUUGUCUGAGCCCUAUUCUAAUGGUUGAAUGUUAGUGAGACAUGUACUUUAUUCACGGAUUCUGAUGUUAAACAUAUGAAGUGAGUUCUUAUGAACUCUUUCUUCA